UAGUGAGGUCAUUCAGGUUGUGUAAGUUAUGAUAACUUUAAGGUAUAGGGAGGGGUGGAAGAGAUGGAUUGGAUGACUUAUUCAGUAAAGUUGGUUAUUCUUUUGGGUGAAGGAAGUUCGAUUGGGUCUGGGUUCAAUGGGAAGUUUAUGGCUAUAGAGAUUAUGAAUUGGUUAUUAAAAAGUUUAUGACCAUUAGUAGAUAAUGAAACUCUACAUUAUGCAUCUUACAUUCUCUCUAAGUUCUUAAAGGAUUUCUUAUUUUUGAACUGUGAGUUUGAAAAUUAGUAGAUGUUAAGUACUUUAUUUUUUCUUUAAUGCUAGAGCUGAUUUUUUAGCUGAUUGCGUCUUCAUGGGUUUGGAUUACUAGUAGAAUUCGUAUUGUUACUUUCAACUGAUUCUUGUUUUUCCUAGGGGGUAGUUAUAUUAAAGUGUCUAGACUAUGCUGGAAUUCUGUUUAGAACUUCUAGGCAACGUUUUGAAGCAUUUGUUACUGUAAUAUCAUGUGAAAACGUCGAGUAAGUAGUACCAUCUAUUGAGAGGGCAUAGAGAAUGGUUUGGAUUGUGUCGGCUUGGAUGUGUAUAUUUGGCUGAAAUAAAUUACCUCACAAUUUAUGGUUGUACACCCCUUUCCUGGAAUAUUAUGUACAUUCGUAACUUACUCCCUGGAAAGAGGUUCAACAUAAAUUAAAUUUCCUUAUUUAUUUGAAAAAUAAACUGUAAAAGAUAACAUAGAAAUUGCCAAGUAAAAAUAGUCUCGUAGAGUGAACAUAUGGAGAUCAGACAUUCCUAUUGUGUAGAAACACUUGUACUUGGAUACUAGGGUCUGAUGCAUAAGCUUGACAUAUCAUCUAAAUCUAUCUUGUCUGCUCAACAUCGCCCUCUGUUUCUGGAGAGUUAGAAAGCAUAAAAAAAAAAGGAGUUGAAUACCCAUCAAGCAACACAUCAUAUAAUACUUUAAACUGUGAUCAUAUAAAACGAGUUGAAUACUUACCCACCCGUGGGUAGCCCAAGUGGUAAGGGCGAACUUUUGUGCAUGAGCCCCAUGUCACAGGUUCAAUUCCCCCUGGGAUCAAACUGCAGUUUAAGUGGGAGGCCACGGCGGUGGGUUGCUGUGAUGUUAAACUUGUCUUUCAUUUUUCUUUUGGCGUACACACUUGAACCCUUGUGUGUAACGUUGUGCACCAGCCCCACAGCUUGUGGCCACAGGUAGAACCGCUUAACACAUCACAAUGAAUAUGCACAUUCACCCGUAGCUUGCAUUGGUACCAUGUAUCUCUCACGGCCAUUCUUUAAAGCUUCUGUCAUGACUUUUCUUUCUUUAUUUUCAUUUGAUCAUGAUGCAUGCAAAACAUAUAUAAUGUGGCAUCAACAUGAAAUCAUUUCAUUCAUCAUAUCAUAGCAUUUGCAGUUUGUUAUAUUGUGGCAUUCAAAAAUCUCUUUCGUCAUAACUUGGUACAUAAAAGGGGCUUCCAGCAAAGGCCUUUACGUAAUAUAAUAAUUUAAACAGCAUAAUUUACUAUACAUGAUCAUGCUACUUUCCUUUUCACUUCUAGUGAAGACAAGCGCAUCAAUAAUCACCUACUUAAAGUUGCUGUCACAGGGUUAAAUUUGUGGGGUUGAGGCUGUCUUUCAUUCUCCUAAAAUUGCUGCAACUUUCCUUGGGUUUUCUUUAAAAAGAUUAAGCAAGACCUCAAGAAAACAAGGUUGUAGCAGGCUGCAAGAGGGGGCUUUUUUUCCUCUGGUUAUGGCAGUGUAGUAUGUGUAGAAAAAAUUUGGCCUUUCUCUUACUAGGGCUGGCCGCAACAAGGCAGAGACUUUCCUUGGUGUUUGCAGCAGUUAUCUAGGGUUAGGGAUUGGUUUUUUUGAAGAACAUCAUGAGAGAUUCCUAUAGGAGCUUUCUGAACUCAUAGUGGCCUUUGUUUUUCUAGUUUUCAAGUCAUAUGAUCUUUUUUUUUGCCUGAAAAACCUAGCAAUAGGGCUGUACAAAUUUAACUCUUAGAUUUUUUAGGGAAGGGUUCUUGGCUAGGAGUGAUAGGGCGAAUAUGUUUCCAUUCCGUGGAUCCAUUUACCCGUUUGGAUUCAAAGAUGAGAUGAGAUGAGUUGAGAUGGUUUGUAAAUAGUAGGGAGAUUUGUGAGUUGAAAUUUGUGAAUAGUAGUGAGAUAAUCUCUCAAUCCAAACCAGCUCUAAGUCAUACAUGAGGCUGAUUUCUACUUCUUUAGAUCUGGAACAGCUCAAAGCUUAUCCUAAAAGAGUCCUAGCAGCUUCAAGAAAUACUAGCACAGCCCCACUUUUUCCUACACUAUAUUUUCCUCUAAUUUAUAGCACAAAGUCUAACACAAAGUUUAAAAUGACCAAACAAAAUUUACUUCCUAAAAAAUGGAAACCCUGAUUUAAAAGGAAACCCUAGUUUUUUAAAAUAGACCCUAAAGUUUUGGGUGUGACAAUGCUCAUUGUGGGCUCCCAUGUUUGUGGUGCUUAAAUCAAUAAUCAGUAUAUGAGAAUACCGGGCUUCAUGACUGACACCUUCUGCAAUAGAUUAACUCAUGGAGUUGUUUUUGAGGUUAUCAGUAUCAAUUUAGCUACAGAUUGUGAUGAAGGACAGAUCAAGUUAGGGUAACCAGAGACUGAAGACAGUCUUAGGAGGAGGAAUGAAAUAUUAACUUCUUAACCUUCUUGAUUGCAGAAGUAGUGGCUUGGUGCUGCUAUGGUUUAAUAAUGUGGGAUGUCGCCCCUAGGGGUUGGCACAAGUGGUAAGGGUCUUGGUCUUGGUGGUAUGCUCUCUCCAAGUCUAAGGUUCAAAUCCUCUUGAGUGCAAAAAAAUUCUAAGGAGUCAUCAGACUGGGGAAUUUCCCCUUGAAUUACUUGAUAUGCACUUGUGGGAAACUCUUUGCCAAGGGCCUGUGCACCCUGGGGAUUAGUUGGGACAUUCUGCUUGGACAUCCGGUGCCAAUAAAAAAAUAAUGCGAGUUGUAGCGGCAGAGGACCAGUUUUCAAUCGUUUCAAACAUGGCCCUUGGCAGGUUAAUUUGCCAACAGGGCAUUUUUUCUAUUGUUGGUGAUAUCUCUGAGCUGAAUCUGCCAAAAUCGUGUGCCAUAUCAUUUCCCAAUGGCAAAGAUGACCUGAUGAAUUUUGAGGUUUCUAUUCGACCUGAUGAAGGAUAUUAUUUGGGUGGCACAUUUUUGUUCUCCUUCCAAGUUUCUCCCAUCUAUCCACACGAGGCACCAAAGGUCAAGUGCAAAACGAAGGUCUAUCACCCGAAUAUUGACUUGGAAGGAAGUGUCUGCCUCAACAUCCUACGGGAAGAUUGGAAACCUGUCCUUAAUAUAAACACCAUCAUCUAUGGGCUAUAUCAUCUUUUCACGGAACCAAAUUCCGAGGAUCCUCUUAAUCAUGAUGCAGCUGCGGUGUUGAGAGACCAUCCAAAGAUGUUUGAAGCUAAUGUGAGAAGGGCUAUGGCUGGUGGAUAUGUGGGGCAAACCUUUUUUCAACGGUGUCUGUAGGUUUGGGAGCACUGAAUGCUGACUCAGUCAUUUCAUCAUUGAUUUAAGUGCCCAUGGAUUGAUUGUAAAAUUUAUUUGCAAAUUAUAGGCUAAUUGCCUGCCACAAGUAAGGGCAUCAAUUCCUGAGAGACCAAUCAACUAAAACCCAAAUGAAGACGGUGUGUUUCUCUUUUAUGUGAAGCAGUUUGAGUGUUAAUAUGCCCUGCAUAAUGGGGGAAAAGUGCUUGCUCAAAGUUCAUUAUU